UUAUUUUGACGUCCUCGGGUCCUGGCAGGAGGGUGUGUUUACGUUGACGUCACAGCAGUUUGCCGAAAGGAUCAAGCUCUGAUACAUCAGCAUCAUGUUCCAUGGGAUACCAGUGACAGGAGGUGUGGGGGCAGCUCCGGCCAACAAGCCUGAGUUAUAUGAGGAGGUGAAAUUAUACAAGAAUGCAAGAGAACGAGAGAAGUAUGAUAACAUGGCAGAGUUGUUUGCUGUCGUCAAGACCCUUCAGGCCCUGGAGAAGGCUUACAUCAAAGACUGUGUCACACCUAAUGAGUACACUGCUUCCUGUUCGAGACUGUUGGUUCAGUAUAAGGCUGCUUUCAAACAGGUGCAGGGCUCUGACGUGGGCUCCAUUGAUGAUUUCUGCAGGAAGUACAGACUCGACUGUCCACUAGCGAUGGAAAGGAUCAAGGAGGAUCGGCCAAUCACCAUCAAGGAUGACAAGGGCAACCUGAACCGCUGCAUUGCAGAUAUAGUUUCUCUCUUCAUUACUGUGAUGGACAAGCUGAGACUGGAGAUCAGGGCCAUGGAUGAGAUCCAGCCAGACCUGAGGGAACUGAUGGAAACCAUGAACAGAAUGAGCAACAUGCCUCCAGACUCAGAGGCUAAGGACAAAGUCAGCCUCUGGUUGACCACCCUCAGCAGCAUGUCAGCCUCAGAUGAGCUGGACGAUAAUCAGGUGCGCCAGAUGCUGUUUGAUCUGGAGUCGGCCUACAACGCCUUCAACCGCUUCCUCCACUCCUCCUAAAGCAUCUGUCCCUCACUGUUUCAUCUGUCUGAUAUUCUGACUCUGAUAUCUGUUAAGUUAAAAAAAAGGAACACUCUAUGUUCUCCUUCUGGCUGUUGGUAGAGAUUGGAUUAUACCUGGACAGGUUGUCUGUCUCAUACACCCCCAGGUCUUUCCUGUCCUUUGUUUCCUGUUUCCUUUAUUCAUGUGGUGUACUAUACAAACUUCACCAUCAUGUGUACUCCACUGUCUGCUACAUCAUGCUGCCUGCAGCCUCACCCACCAUGCUCCAUUGGCCUCUUUUCGAGCCUAACUUGUGUGAUAAACUCUUUAACAUUGGCUGUUUCUUCUGCCCUCUACAAAACAGUUUACUUCUAACUUUGUACUGUAAAAUCAAAAAGGUCUAAUUUUAUACUUAAGUUUUGCAGAGCACCAACAAAGAAGCAUGAUGCAGUUAUAUUGGACAAAGUCUGCACAUGAAGAAAAGGUUACAACAGCCAAAGCCUUUGUAUUAUUGGGAAGAUAUGUAUUUUUUCUUUUUGGUACCCUAAUUCUAUCCACUACUUGCCACUUGGGGGCAGAUUAGCAUUUCUUUUCCAUACACCAUGUUUGUUUUUCUGUCACACAGAAUGCAGAAUCUUGAAAUCGUUUUUGUCGCUGGAGUAAAAGACGCCGACACGCUGUCAGUAAAUGGAAAAUAAAUGCAGCUGUUCGACUUCAAGAUUAAACUGCACUUCAGAUUAUUCAUUUUAUUGAAACUAUGGUGGAAGGAAUUAUUCGUGUACAUUUUGUAGCCCUGUUUUCUGUUAACACACUUAAUCCAUAUUUCCUGUAGAAGUGAGGGUUUGGCCACAUGAAGUGGGUAAAAGUGAGGUGGACACGCCCCCUCCUUAUUUUGCUUGCUAAAUAUGUUUCAGCCCUCGAACACCAUUAGGGAGAACAUAUUUAUUAAGAUUUAUCAUUUGUAAAUAAUAGUUUUGAUUUUUAUUAAAUAAGAGCAUGUAACACCUUUUUAGAAAUAAAAAUGAAAAAUCUACCUCCAA